AUGGCGCGUGUUGCAAGUGCCACACCGCAGCGCCGAGUGACCAGAAGCCAGAGUCGUGAACUCGAUGAUCCAACCUAUGGCAAACAAUCUUCUUGCAAAGCUAGCCAAGGAAAUUCCGGUCAGGGACGAACCCAGGCAAAACAUCUACCAACGGUAAUUGAAGAAUCAUCACCGAGCUCGCGUCCAGCUCCUACGUCGCCACUGAGUUCCUCGCGGGUGCCAGACACACCAGCGAACGAUGAGGGGAACACUAACAUCUCUGGCACCACGUUCUUACCCCAGGACUUGUCGGAUUCAGACUCCGAAGAUGGCGAGCCCGAUCUUAUUGACAUGGCCGAGGAAAUGCCAGAUCUCCAACAAGCCUCUACUCGUCUGCUGGAACUGGUUGGCACGAACUCCUCCGAUGCCAAAGGCAUUCUUGAGGUCGCAAAGCGCAUCGCCAACCCCGCCAACACGGAAAACAAGAGAUUCAAGCGCGCCUACAAGAAACUCGCAGACAGUAUGAAAGUCUUCACUCACCAUACCUACAUAGACGCAGCCAGCGUCGGUCGUUCGAUUCCAUCUGUUACGACAGAAGACGCUUCUGCUUCCUGGGACCCAAGCCCAUACCUGUACAGGGCAAACUGUGCACGAUUAGCGCUAAGUGUCCUUUCCGCUGCCGUCGGCUCGCAGACCCCCGCGCAAGCAAUCGAAGGUCUCGAUAGGCAGUUUCCAAUUCCCUUUAUGGAUCGAAUGCUCGCACCGAAAGCUCCAUUAACUGGCGGCGCAAGCUCCGCCAUGAAGGCCACUGUCGACUUAGCCCUCGAGAUCCGAACGCAGUCCGUCAUCGCGGAACUGGAGAAACGCCAGGGCGAGAAAGACUUUAACGCCCGAUCCAUCUUGAAGAGUGUGUUUUACCAUGAUCUUGCGCUGGAUAAUGCCAAUGACUCCGCACUGGACCCCGGCUCUCUUCGGGGUUUUAACCUUGAAGGGACUUUCGAGGAUGAUAAUGGUUUUCUUCCCGAUACCAUGCAGGAUGAUGUUAUCGUCCGCAUAGACGAGCUGGAGACCUAUCUUUUUGAUGACAAUGAUGACCUUAAUAUCAAGGGACUUAGAACCGUCUUCAGUUGGCCCAGGUUCUGUCUGCGUACGGCGCGUUUUGUCCGGGCGCGGGAGCAAGAAUUCAAGUCUAUUAUGGCUGCUCAGCCCGCAAUCGAAGAUGUGCACGCACUUGUGGUCAAAGAAAUCGAAAAGCGGAGUCACCCCAAUGCUGCCCAACCUCCAGAUCAGUCACAGUUCGGCCCUGAUCAAGAAGAACCUUCUGCCACCUUGAACGACGAGCACGAAAUUGGAAAGCCGGGGUAUGGAGAGGAGGCAAGUGAAGAACCAGCCUCUGAAAAGUCAGCACCGAAGCAGUAUUCACUGACCUUUGAUUCAAGUCUCUGGCGUACCGCCGAAGCCAUGGAUUUCCUCGCGAACAGCCUGAUGGCCAAACACUCACGAGACUUCGCCUCCCCGGGAACACAGCCUGCUAAUACCCAUAAAGGUAAAGGCGUGGCCACCUUUCCCUCUGCUCGAGGCGCAAACACACCUGCUAAGCGCACCGAGAUCACUGAGACCCCAGAACCCGAACUAUCUCAGUCCCAACGGGCAUCGCGUAACGGCACACAACAAGCCACGGAACACGAUGGGCCCGUCCUGAAUCCUAUUGAUGAGGAGCUUAUUUUCGGUCUGCCAAGUGAAGCUGUCAUGUCUACCAGUCCCCAGGGCUCUGAGCGGAUCAAGCGAGUUAGCCACUACCCAGGGCGAUUCUUUGACUCCCCCUCCGCAGCUCAGACACAGCCAUCGAGGCGUCGUACAAUUUUUGACCGGCAACCGAAUGCCUCGAGGGUCUCACCUUUGGGCUCUGAGGAACCCCGAAGUGCAGAGAGACCUCGCGCUCCAGCCAUACAACUACAGUCCACCCUACAAUCAAUUUCCAGAAAGCGCGGUCGGGGUGAUUCAGAUGACGAGACGAGCGACGAUGACAGCAGCUUUGACCAAGACAACCGCAACCAUAGCAUUGCACAGCGCAGAGCUCAAGUACCAGAACAAACCCGUCCAACUGACAAGCGGCAACGGGUGAACGACGAUGAGUCCGGCCCGGAAAACCAGCUACAAGAAAGCUUAGCUGCCAGCCAAACCCAGUCAGGGUCACAAAUGGUUGAACGUGUGCCUCCAGUGUCGACUCAGCGUGAGUCUCGCUGGCUCGAGGAAAACUCAACUCCCCGCUCAUCAACCCGACCUAAGCGCGUGAUUGCUCCCAGCAGCCGUACUCGGAGGAGAUGGACACAGGAAGAAGACGAUCGUCUCCUCAUGCUUGUGGGAGUACACGCUACCCAAUGGGCGGUGAUCGAGCGCCAGGACCAAAUAUGUCCUGCGAGUAAUGGAGGGCCGAAGCUAGGUGGUCGAACCCAAGUAGAUAUGAAGGAUAGGGCGCGAACUCUGAAGCGCAAAUACGUCAGGUAUCAUAGACCAUACUCCCAACUGUCCUGA